AUGAUGCUCAAGUUGAUAAAAUCGAUGGUUAAAGCAAUAACUCGUCCGAUACGAUACUUGAUCUUCUCCUAUCUCCGGUAUCUUGUCGGCUUUCCUUCGCUGACUGGCACAGAGCAUGGUGAUAAUUAUGUCACGGUUAUCAUCGACGACUACCUAACGAAGUUUGGGAUGGAAGACGACCUCUAUGACGCCACUCUGGCUUAUCUUUCCUACAAAACUAAGGUUGACUUGGUCAAAAUCUACGUCAAUAAAUACGAGUUGGACGAUAUAUACCAAGGGGUCGAGCUCAAGUGGAGGUUUUUCGUUGAAAACAAAAAUACUGGAAAUAAGCAAAGCUUCGAGCUGAGGUUUGACGAAGAGCAUAGAGAUUUGGUCUUCGACUCUUACCUACCUUUUUUGAAGAGCAAGGCCAAGGAGAAGAGAGUCCUCCAGAUGCACACAUACUCUCACUGCUCUGACACUUGGGAAAUCAAGAGCCUCCAUCACCAUUCGACGUUUGAAACGAUUGUAAUGAAGGAAGAGCUCAAGCGUGGCCUCAUUGCUGAUCUUGACCGGUUCAUGGGAAAGGAAGAUUUCUACAAAAAAGUCGGGCGACACUGGAUGAGAUAUUACUUGUUGCAUGGGCCACCAGGGACCGGGAAGACUAGUCUUGUUGCUGCUAUGGCUAAACAUCUCAGCUUAGAUGUCUAUAAACUAACCCUCCCUCUAGGGUUGAAAACUUACUUUGACCCAAGGAUGCUUAUCACCAGAGCCAAGAACAACUCGAUUCUCCUCGUAGAUGAUAUAGACGGCUCCCUCGAGGGAUCGAAUAUGGCAUUAUCGCAACUGUUAGAUUGCUUAGGUCGGUUUUGGUCGAAUGGCAAAGCACGCGUUGUGAUAUUCAAGACAAAUAACAAGGAGAGUCUUGACCCAACAUCGCUACGUUGUAUGAAUAUGAAGAUUGACAUGGGACAUUGCUGUUUUGAGGGAUUCAAAACGUUGGCGUCUAACCACUUGGGCCUCUCUCAUGACAAUGAUUGCCCACACCCUCUCUACCCAGAUAUCAAACGUUUGAUUGAUGGACGAGCUGUGACACCGGGUCAAGUCGCAGAGGAGCUAAUGAAGAGCCUAGACGUUGAUAUGGCCCUCCAAGGUUUGGUGAGGACUUUGGAGAUGAAGACUUUAAUAUCAAGUAAGAUUGAUGAAGAUGACAAAAGACUUGUGAAGUAG